AUGUCCAGCCUCGAGUCCGACGGUCUCUCCGUCACGUAUGCCUCAGAUCGUACCGGCUUGCCCGAUCUGCGGCUGAUUCACUACAAUGAUGUCUAUCACGUCGAAUCAGGAUCUGCGGAACCUGUUGGUGGUGUCCCCCGCUUCCAAUCCCUCGUGAACUACUACCGCUCCGCCCCGCGGUUUGCCGGCAAUCCUGACAUCCUUACCUUCUUUUCCGGCGAUGCGUUCAAUCCCAGCCUCGAGAGCACCGUAACAAAGGGUCGUCAUAUGGUACCCUUCCUCAACAAAGUCGGGACCGACGUGGCAUGUGUGGGCAAUCAUGAUCUGGAUUUCGGUGUGGCUCAAUUUCGGCACCUGUCGAGUCAAUGUCAUUUUCCGUGGUUGCUGGCCAAUGUUCUUGAUCCAGCGCUCGGCGAGGGCGUUCCAAUCGCCAAUUGCAGGAAGACAUGCAUGUUGACCUCGUCCAAUGGGAUCAAGAUCGGUGUGAUCGGUCUAGGCGAGAGAGAAUGGCUUGGUACCAUUAACUCGCUUCCGCCCGACUUGAUUUACAAAUCUGCAUCCCAGACGGCAAAAGAACUGGCACCGCUGCUUCGAGAACAGGGCGCGGAGCUGAUCGUCGUCGUGUCCCACCAACGUGAACCAAAUGACCAUAAGCUCGCCAAAAGCCUGCCUCCGGGGCUGGUGGACCUUAUCCUCGGCGGCCAUGACCACUACUACGCCCACACCAUAGUCAAUGAGACUCAUGUCCUGCGAUCUGGGACCGAUUUCAGGCAGCUGAGUUACAUCGAAGCUUUCCGUAAACCCGGUGAAAAAUCAGGGUGGAACUUCAACAUUAUGCGUCGUGAUGUCGUACGGUCCAUUCCGGAGGAUUCGGCGACUGUUGCCAUGGUUGAUCGGCUAACCUCCAGCCUCAAGGCGAAGUUAGAGAAACCAGUAGGAUACACAGUCACUCCCCUGGAUGGCCGGUUCUCCACGGUUCGUCAGCGCGAGUCCAACUUGGGCAACUUUGUCUGCGACCUGAUGCGUUUCUACCACGCGGCUGACUGUGCGAUGAUGGCUGGUGGGACCAUCCGCGGCGAUCAGAUCUAUCCCCCUGGCGUCUUGCGACUAAAAGAUCUGCUGAACUGUUUCCCUUUCGAAGACCCGGUGGUCCUGUUGCGUGUUCGCGGCCAGGCUUUGCUGAAUGCUUUAGAAAACGGGGUCAGCCAACUCCCGGCUCUUGAGGGUCGUUUCACGCAAGUGUCCAACAUCUCCUUCGCCUUCAAACUGGAUGCCCCAUCAGGUUCGCGUAUCACCUUCGCACGGGUUGGUGGUGAACCUAUUGACCUUCAACGAGAGUAUGUCGUUGCCACGCGAGGUUAUAUGGCUCGCGGCAAGGAUGGAUUCACAUCGCUGCUGGUGAAAUCCGAGGGCGGUGAAGUUGAAGAACUCGUGUGCGAGGAAAAUGGAGUCCUCAUCAGCACCAUCCUGCGCCAGUAUUUCUUGAGUCUCAAGAUUCUCGGGAAAUGGAGUCGCUGGAGUGUCAGCCUUCGUCGACACUGGGGCUCGGUGCACCGCAAUCUGCAUAGCGGUGGAUGGCUAAAGCCACCCUCUACGACGCCAUCGCCGGUGACAGAGAAAGCGCCCGCUCAUCGGUUGGAUCCGCGACCGACGCUUCAACGAACCAGUCGGGAAGCUUACUAUUAUGGGCGUUUCCCCCAAGAGGUUGAACAGGAGCAAAUGGUGGCCAAUGGAACGAACAGUGAUGCCAUGGAUUCGGACUCUGAUGAAGACCCCGAGAUUCUCACAUCACCUCGGUCCACGAGUAACUACGUGACGCACCCCGCGAAGUCCUCUGCGGACGAAGAUCAUCGCCUGCAACUCGCACGGCGUGUUGUUCGCAAAUGGAUGCGACAUGCUGGUCUAGAACCAUCGGCCAUCAAUACCGUGGACGGUGAGUGGGAGUUUACACCCGCCUGGACGUCUGGCAUCUGCCCUCGGCUCGAGGGACGUAUCAUAGUGGAGUAA